AUAAAUUCUCCCUCCUCGCGGGUAUAAACAAACCUCGCCUGGCUCUCCGCUCCGGCUGGUGAACGCACGCCCAUCCUCGCGACGCUCCUUGGUUCCCGCCUGGCACCGCCAGCCUAGCUCCGGCUCCUUUAGUCUUUCUCCCUCUACCUUAGGCAGGUGACAACAGAGCUAUGUCUCGGGAGCUGCAGGAUGUGGACCUCGCCGAGGUGAAGCCUUUGGUGGAGAAAGGGGAGACCAUCACCGGCCUCCUGCAAGAGUUUGAUGUUCAGGAGCAGGACAUUGAGACUCUGCAUGGCUCCAUUCACGUCACGCUGUGCGGGACCCCCAGGGGAAGCCGGCCUGUCAUCCUCACGUACCACGAUGUGGGCAUGAACCACAAAACCUGCUACAACCCCUUCUUUAACUCUGAAGACAUGCAGGAGAUCACCCAGCACUUUGCUGUCUGCCACGUGGAUGCCCCUGGCCAGCAGGACAGUGCUGCGUCCUUCCCCAUGGGGUACAUGUAUCCCUCCAUGGAUCAGCUGGCUGAAAUGCUGCCUGGAGUCCUUCACCAGUUUGGGCUAAAAAGCGUUAUCGGCAUGGGAACUGGAGCUGGCGCCUACAUCCUCACUCGAUUCGCUCUGAACAACCCUGAGAUGGUGGAGGGUCUGGUCCUCAUUAACGUGAACCCCUGUGCAGAAGGCUGGAUGGACUGGGCUGCCUCCAAGAUUUCCGGAUGGACCCAAGCCCUUCCAGACAUGGUCUUGUCCCACCUCUUUGGAAAGGAGGAGAUGCAGAGUAACGUGGAGGUGGUCCACACUUACCGCCAGCACAUCGUGAAUGACAUGAACCCCGGCAACCUGCACCUGUUCAUCAACGCCUACAACAGCCGGCGGGACCUGGAUAUCGAGCGACCGAUGCCAGGAGUGCCCACAGUCACCCUGCAGUGUCCUGCUUUGUUGGUGGUUGGGGACAGUUCUCCUGCCGUGGACGCUGUGGUGGAGUGCAACUCAAAAUUGGACCCCACAAAGACCACUCUCCUCAAGAUGGCAGAUUGCGGUGGCCUCCCGCAGAUCUCCCAGCCGGCCAAGCUUGCCGAAGCCUUCAAGUACUUCGUGCAGGGCAUGGGAUACAUGCCCUCUGCCAGCAUGACCCGCCUGAUGCGUUCCCGCACAGCCUCGGGCUCCAGCGUCUCAUCGCUGGACGGUUCCCGCAGCCGCUCCCACACCAGCGAGGGCAACCGCAGCCGCUCCCACACCAGCGAGGGCACCCGCAGCCGCUCCCACACCAGCGAGGGCGCCCGUCUGGACAUCACCCCCAACUCCGGUGCCACUGGGAACAACGCCGGGCCCAAGUCCAUGGAGGUGUUCUGCUAAGCGGCCAGCAUGGACAGCCGCCCCCUGGACUCUGGGAUUGCUGUAGCUGCCCCCUCCUCCAGCCCCUUCCCGUCCCCUACCUGCCACACCGCACGUAACUCGGUAUUAAUCCAAAGCUUAUUUUCUAAGAGUGAGCUCUGGUGACGACAAAGUUAGAUGGGGUUUGUCGAGGGCGUCCUUUCCGAGCGCAGGGCAGGUGGACCAAAGGAAAAGCGUCGCAGCAUCCUGUUUUCAGUAAUGAGUGGCCUAGUGGCCACUCUCUCACCAGCCCUCAGUGACACCCAACUGUUAAAAACAAGAAACAGCGGUAAACACUUAAUAAAUCCGAGCCUUAGGCUGACCUGGGCAUCCUGGUUCUAAGGGGCAUUUUGUCGGAGGCCCAGCCCACCUACUUCCUAUUUCCUCUCCAACUAAAGAAACACUGACCAUUUUGUUUUUGGAAACAAAACUCAUUUCUGCUACGGGGAGGAAGAGAGCAGCAAAUCGUGGGUUACUCUUUUCACUAGGUAAAACAGGAAGCGGGAGAAAGGUGGAAUUUAUAUGGAGACUAGAAGAGUUUGGAAAAACAAAUCUACAUCGUUAACUUGAAAUGAUUUUUAAAGUUUGUGCAUAUAUACACUUUGUAAUGGCGAAGCAUACAAGCCUGCUUUUCUGGCUUUUUUUUUUUUUUUUUUUUAAAUAGACACAACAAAAGCGGGCACAAAAUCUCCUGGUUUUGCAAAGAAAUGGUCUCAGCAAACAUUUGGUAUCAUGGAUUUAAGGUUUUUGGCUCUGCUCUCUGCCUCCUCCUCCACCCCAAAUACAUGGAUGAGUGAUUAUUUCAUUCCUGGAGAAGAUUACUUAGAUGGGCAGUUGCUUUCCUUGAAAUGGAGGGACAUUCCAAACAGGAGUUAAAUCCAGCUCACAAUCUUGGAUAACGGGGGUUGAAUCUGACCUUAAUGGCCCAACGUUUCUGACCUGGUAACAUUCCUGGAUCAUCAGCUAGAACUGUGUGCUCUUGUACAGGGUGGGGAUUCAGGUGGGGACUUGUGGCUGAGAAGAUGUAAGGAUUCUGGAACGUGAUUUCCAUGCUCUUCCCUUCCCGCUCCCCUGCCCCUCUAACCUCCUUUCUCUGAACGGGGUGGCACCACUGACAUUUUGGGGCAGCGUCAGCGUAGCUGUCAAGUUCCUGUACUACUGCCUUUUGAUUUUCAUUUUGGCUAACCGUGGAUCUUAUAGGAAGUUUGAUCAGUGAAUGGAACAUUGCGAAUCAGCCGCUGGGACCUCGUGGUUUCUGGGACCUUUAGAGAUGGUAGAAGGAAGUAGUCAAGCCUUCUAGGUAGCUUGAGGGGUAAUGACUCAGUUUACCUGCCACUUAUCCCCGAGAGGCUCCCCCUGACAUUGUGCCAAAAGGUCAAGGGUCAGGGCAGGAGUAAAUGAAUCGAGACAGGAAACCGUUGUGGACAUGUCUUUCCAGAGGAAUUUCUUAAUGAGAUAUUUGUAUUUAUUUCCAGACCAAUAAAUUUGUAACUUUGCAGUG